AUACCAUGAUUGCAGAUCAGUGGCUCCAACUCCCAUGGACGAAAGAGGUUUUGUGCUUACUGGCUGCUCUAUGUGGAAAGAUCAUUCUUGGACACAUAAAGUACAGUUUCAGUCAGAAAUACAACUAACUCUUAUGAAACAGAGCCCAAAAUUCCCAAACGUGCGGAGAACUAUCUGUUCACCCAGGCCAAGUUCUCAAUUCAUUUCCAAAAUGAAACUGUUUCCUUCGACUUUAGCACACACAGAAUCUAGUUCCUUCAGACUUUUCACAGUGAGGUCAGAUCAUCUCUACCAUGUUCCAAAUAUGAUUUUAUGGAACUUCAUAAGCUAAGAUAAUGAACAUGAUACCAGAAACAAAGCGAUGAGAAAUAGUGGGAACUAAA